AUAAAGAGCCGGGGCUGUGCUGGACUUGUGGCAUCGCAGGAGCUGCGGGACACGCACGGACAAGGAUUUUGGGUCUCUCCGUGGUGCUCUUCCUCCUGAAUUCUCGAGUGGUUCCCAUCUUCUUCUCCACACCCUGCCGUGUGCCCCAGGCCUGCCACUGCUGCUGUGCUGUGUCCCCUGAGCUGGGGCCCUCGGCUGCUGGUGUCUGCUGGAAGCCAAGGCUGGGAGAACAGGAGCAUCUGCUGUGAGCCAUGGCUUUGCCAGAGGACACACAAGAGGGGGAUGCAAAGGCCCAGCUCCUGGCAGAGGCAUUUCAGAAGGAAGGACUGGAUCCUGGAUACUGGCUGCCCAAAGUGUCAGAGAUCCUGGGAAUCAAGUGCAGAGAAGCCCUGCAACGUCUGGAAUAUAAGGACUACCUCAAGUUGGAGUGUGAGGUACGGCACCCCUGGGAGAAAAAGGCACUCCAGAAACUCCUGAACAUAACAGAUGACAAAACAGCCUGUAAAGCGGUGCAGAAGUCCAUUGGCCCAAUGAGUGGAGCCCUCAGGGAUGCGUACAAAGCGCUGACGAAUCAGAGAGGCAGCACAAUUUUCGGAGAGGAACUGGGCACUGCAGUGCAAGAGGCCAGAGAUUUCAUGGAGACUGUGAAGGCCUGGGAGGUGAUGGUGGAUGAAAGGAAGCUGGUCAUGCUGAUGGAGCUCAAAGAUGAUCUGAGUGCAAGAACCAGGAACCACAGUGUGUGGAUCAACGUGUGCCUGUCAGACAAAUCCCUGCAGGACUUCCUGGUGAACACCGUGCGGAGGUGCCAGGAGUCACUUUCAGAAAACGCCACCUGUAUCAGGGUAAUGUUGAGAAGCCUCCUGGAUCCUUAUAUCUACUCUGUCAAGGACUUCCCUGAGGCUUCCUUCAUUAUGCAAUGGAUCCUCCAGACUGAGCAGCCGCUUCCCAGAUCUCCCAAAAUCUCUGAGCUUGAAGAACUCAUCAAAACACUGCAGCAAAUGAAGGAGCACAUCUAUGCCGUCACUUACGCACGAGGAAGCUCUGCUUCUGCAGUUCAUGAAGCAAAGACAGAAGCCACCCUGACAAGCAGCCUCGCCAUUUACUCCUUACUCCAGUCUCUCCAGGAACGGUCUGAGAAGGACAUGGAACUGUUGGUGCUCUUGAUUGUGACCAGCACAGGGUACCAGGUGGAAAGCAGCACAUUUCAGAACCUCCUUGGACACCCAGAAAUUCAGUACAUGGCUAAGGAGAUGCAAGAAGCACAUGAGGAGUAUGUGAACCUGAAGGAGCAGGAUGCUGAUAGAGCUGAGGCCUCCCUUCUUCUGAUAGGUUUGACUGUGACACCAGAAAGUCAAAAGUUGUCCCCUGAGCAGAAGAGGGAGCGUUUAGUUUUCAUGGAAGAUCACAUGAAAGGCUUGUGGUCCCCACGGAUAAAGAAUCUCCUCCAAAAGCACAGUGCAGACACAGACUGGGAGAGGCUGGAACAGGACUUGAAUUCCUUGAUCAGUGGGUGCUUGGAUGACAAGUGUGAUGAACAGAAGAUGCAGAAAAUACUCACAGACCUGAAAGACACUUUUGCAACACCUGAGGCACCCGCUCCAUUCCAAUCCAAGCCAGACAGCAGCCAAUCCAAAGCAAAUGAAGCCAUUGCAAACCAGGAAUUCCUUCAGUUGCUCAAGCGCCUUGGACUUGAAAAUCACUAUCCAAGAAAAAUGGGGAUGGGAGAUUUCUGCACCAUCUACAAGACAUCUCUGCAGAACAGCCAGCCCAGCAAGGACAAGGAACUGCCAUUCUACUUCUUGCAAAAGCUGUUAACUGUGGAUUACCAGGUGAGGUACCUCACUUGCUGUGAGAAGAACAACCCAGGCCUUGCACCCAUGCCAGAAACUGGAGAGCAAAAGGAAAAAAAAAUUGAGUCCUUUGAAAACUUUCUUGAGAAUCUGAGGGGAGCAGCCCCUGGACGAGCAAGGAGGGAGGGCCAUGUGCACCCCAUGGACCUGCAGAUGGCCAUUUUCCAUUGUGCUGAUGACUUCCUGAGACAGACCCUUGCAACCAAGCUGGCCUUCUGCCAACUGGCACUGCCUCUGCUGCUGCCCAACCCCUGCACUUCACACAUCGAGUUCCCGCUCUACGCCCUCAGCCAAAUCCAAAAGAGCUGGAAAGAGACACAGAAGUCAGGACAGCAGGCCCAAACAAAGAGUUACAACAACAAACUCAUCUUCCAGGCACAGACACCCAUCGUGUCCUUCAUCCGCAUCGGCAGCUCGGCCUCCUCUUCCAAGUCUCAGCUCCUGAACGCUCUGCUGAGCAAACGCAAACACGACACUUUCUUCCACCGCCACUGCAGAGGCAGCACCAGAGAGCGUUUGCUGAUGGAAGGGGUGAUGGAGAUCGCCUGGUACUGCCCCCGUGGAAGCCCUGAUGACACCUUUGAGAGCUGCGUGGCUUUCUGUAACCUGCAUGGAGAUGCCAGGGAUCACGGAGCACAGCUGCAGUUCCUGCAGGACAUAUCUGCUGUCAAUGUGGCUCUUGUGUCUGAGUUGGAGAACAUGGACAACAGGGGAAAAAUGCUUCUGCAGGGACUGUGGCAGUCACAAAGGCCUUUGAUUUGUCUUCUUACAGAAAAAGAGAAUACUGCAAGUGGACAAUCCAGCAAAACCAUAUCAAUAGGGAUCAAGAACAGAAACGAAGCAGAACUGAUGGACCAGCUGACCAAAAUUAUCAGGGAUCUCCUGGAAGGGUCUAAUCCAUGUUUCAGCCUGGACGCCUGCGCGGACAAAGCUCGCCAGCACGGAUUUGUGGUGGAUGCAGAUCAACCCGCGUGUGUGACAGCCAAAGCAAAGGCAAAGGAGCUGGUGGACCUUCUGAAGAAAGAGAAGCUGUCUGAGAUCAAAUCCCAGCUGCUGCCGCUUCAAGGAAAACUGUGGUACCAGUGGUGCAAAAAGGACAAAGAACUCACUCGCCUGGAGGAGAAGGGGAACAAGAGCAUUGAGCAUCAUCGCAGCCAAAUUGAAAAUGAGAAGAAAGCAAUAAGAAAGAAGCAACUUGACCAAGCUUUUUCUCUCAACCCGCUGAUGAAAUCAUUCCUUGGCUUUCUCCAUGCCCAGCCAGCAGAAAACAAGAAAUAUUUCCUGCAAUGGGUGAAGGUCUUCUUGGACGAGUUGUCCUGUGGCCGCCUUGAAGAACUGAGGAAAGUCUAUGACAUUUUAUGGACUGAAAUCCAGUCAGGAAAGAAAAACAAGAAAAACCCCAAGGUGAAUGAUCCAUUGCAGAGUCGCCUGGAUACCAUCUCUGAUGAAAUCAAUGAUUCAUCCAUUGGCCUGGAGCACCUUCUGAGGGAAAUAGGGCAGAUUUAUGAAGCUCUGGAAUUCAUGAAGUCCAAGGAAGACACUUUUUCCAAACUGCCGAAAAUUGCAGCAGAGCUGAUGGUUUUGGGGUAUCCUGUGGAGCUGAUGGAUGGGGACGCUUCUUACCUGCCCUUACGCUGGGUGGGAGCAAUCUUUGACAGCUUAAUUGAGAGGCUGGGGGACAAACGAGUGUUUGUGCUCUCCGUGCUCGGCAUCCAGAGCACAGGCAAGUCCACCCUGCUGAAUGCCAUGUUUGGUCUGCAGUUCAACGUCAGCGCGGGGAGAUGCACCCGCGGAGCCUUCAUGCAGCUCAUCCCACUGGGCGAGGAGCUGCAGCAGGACUUGGGCUUUGAUUUUGUGCUGGUGAUUGACACAGAGGGACUUCGUGCCAUUGAGAUGGCCAACAAACAGUCCCUGAACCAUGACAAUGAGCUGGCCACCUUUGUCAUUGGUGUCGGCAACUUGACUGUGAUCAAUAUCUUUGGAGAAAAUCCAUCAGAAAUGCAAGAUGUUCUCCAGAUCGCUGUGCAGGCUUUCCUGAGGAUGAAGAAAGUCAAUCUUUCCCCAAGCUGCCUCUUUGUGCACCAAAAUGUGGGAGAAGCAACUGCCAAGGAGCAGAACAUGGAAGGACAAAGGCGUUUGCAGGAAAAGCUGGAUCAAAUGACCGUGUUAGCUGCCCAGCAGGAAUUCUGUGACAUUUCCUCCUUCAGUGAUGUCAUUGGCUUUGAUGUGAAGACCCACAUUCACUACUUUGCUCACCUGUGGGAAGGAAACCCCCCAAUGGCACCACCCAACCCCACCUACAGCCAGAACGUUCAGCAACUCAAGAGCAAAAUCCUCCAGGCUGCCAAGGAGCAGUCACAGCGCAGCAUUUUGAGGCUCUCAAGCCUGAAAGAUCGUAUUGGUGACCUCUGGAAUGCUUUGCUGAAUGAAAACUUUGUUUUCAGCUUCAAGAAUUCCCUGGAGAUUGCUGCCUACAGGAAACUGGAAACUGUCUUCAGUGGGUGGACCUGGAGACUGCGGAGUCACUUCUUAGAUGUAGAGAUGAGACUGACCAACAGAAUUCAGAAUGGGGACUUGCAGAAUGUCACCAGAGAACACCUUGAAGGGCUGGUGCAAGAGACAAGUGAUGCCAUUGAGAAAGAAGUGGAAAAGUAUUUCAGGGAAGACAAAGAUCGUGAGACCCUGGUCCAGUGGAAAUCAAGCACAGAGCUGAAGCUGAAAGAACUAAAAGAUACUCUUCUUCAUGAAACAAAAAGGAAAUGUGAGAAUCUUAUUGAGCUACAGAAGGAGCAGAGGAAACUAGAUGCAAGGAAGGUGGAAUAUGAAGAUGAGCUUCUGAGAAGGAGUAGGGAGCUGGCUGUGAGUCUGAAAGGGAAGAGCCUCAGUGAGAGAGAAUUGAAUGACAGCUUUACUCUUGUGUGGAACAGUUGGAUUGAUGAAGUGUCUCGUGCUGCUCCUCCUCCAGAAUGGGUGGAUAUCAAUGCAGAAAUCAAAGAUGUCCUCCUAGAGCACUUUAAAGAGCCAGGUUUUCAUGCACGGAUCAGGUCAUUUCCCAAAGACGUAGGAUUUUCUUUUGACAUGGGGAAAUACAUCUCAAAGAAAGCAUUACUAGCCAUUUUCUCAGGAAGCAUUUCCAAUGCUGAUAUGAUGAACUUUCAGCACAUCACAGAUGACAUCAUAGCACGUGUGGAGGCAAACAUUGAGAAGAAGGAACAGGAGAAACGGGAUUACAGUCGAAAUUUUAUUCAUGAAAUACUUAAUGAAGUACAGAAAGGUGUGAAUUCUGUCCCCAGCAAUGCAAAAUGGACUUUUAACAGAGAGUACAGCAUAGAUUUGUCUCUGUAUCUGUGCAAAAUGGCAGCAGAAAGGUUUAAAGCCAUGCACGAAGCAUUCCAAAAGGCAAAUGACCCAGUUCUGUACCUGAGCAGCAAGAGAGAAGAUUUCUUCCAAUGUUUCCAGAUUUCCUGCCAAGGAGCCACUUCAAUUACAGCUUUUGCUGUUUUCCUUUGUGAUAAGAUUGAACCAACUCUUCGCAAGGCAGUGUUUGAGAGGACGGCUAAAGACAUUGCUGAGGAUAUGAAGAGCAAAGUCCCAGACUUCAGGGGCAACAGAGCCAAUCUGGAAGUUUGCAUCCUGAGAUAUCUGGCAGAACAAGAAAAUUUUGAGUAUUUCAGGCAGUACCUUACAUCUCCAAAACAGUUUUUUCAGAGUUACAUUGAGAGACAAGUUAAGAGUCAUUGCUUAGAUGGGAGUAGGAGGCUGGGGAUGUUUUUACAUUCCUCCCUUGAAUCUCUCUAUGGAAACAUCCUGUCAGCUGUUACUUUAUCAACCCAAAUUGUCAAAGACAGAAAAGACAGAGAAGACAAAAUCUCUCUUUGGCUGGAUGAAUUUUGCAUGCAUCUGGCAGAGGUGAUCAACUUGCCCAGAAGUGAGCUGAAGGGCAUCGAGCACCAGGAGGUCACAGACAUUGAGUUCCUGAGCGAUGCCAUGGAAAAAGCUCUUAUUGACAUGAGGGACAGGCUCAUGAAAGACAUGUCUGAUGCUGAUAUGAGGUCAUUUUCAAGGCAGCCUCACACCAUCCUGGCAGAGCAUUUUUCAGGGUGCUGGGAGCAGUGUCCCUUUUGUGGGGCUGUCUGCACAAACACCAUAGAGAACCAUGAUGGAGACCAUCAGCUGGUCUUCCAUCGCCCAGAAGCUCUGAUGGGAUUCACAUGGUGUAAACGUUUCUUUUUUUUUUGGUGGUAUGAUUCACACGAAUUGGUCAUUGAUAUUUGUUCCAGCCGUGUUGCUAGUAGAGGUAGAUUCCGAGUUGGUGGUGGCCCAUGGAUUCGUUACAGAAAAUACCGGGAUGCAGGACCUCCUUUUUCCACUUGGAAGAUUCUUCCUGAUUCAUCCAUGCAGGCGUACUGGAAAUGGUUUGUGUGUCGUUUCAGGACAGAGCUGGAAGCCUUCUGCAAUGGGAAAUUUCAGGGCAAAGGAGAAAUCCCUGAGGCGUGGCGGAGAAUUACCAAGCAGGAAGCACUGUCUGAUCUGGACACGCGUUAGGCCACAUCCACGGGAUGGAAGAACCACAGUGGCUUUGCAGUUUAGGAGAACUUUGUACCAGGGUCUCCACAAAAUGCAGUUACAACGACAAUGCUCUCAAGCCCAAUGAAGACAAUGGUAUCCAAUUGUUCCCAAGUUUGGUGAAACAAGGCGCAAUGCUGCAGCCGUCACUCAGCAACCUCCUCGCUUCAUGAGAAAGCCAGAAUCCUCCUGCCUUCUUGCCAUAAACAUUUCCCUUUGCUUUAACCUAGAGCCAAACCAAAUCCCUCCUUGGGGUGAUCAGCCUCGUGGGCAAUCCUGAGCCCAAGACCCAAGGACAAAGGCAAAGGCAGCACUGAAAGCACCUCUUGGCUCAGCUUCUGUGAGACAAGAAGGAGUCUCACAAGACAAGAAGGGACUGUUGGUUUGUGAAAACUGAGGCCUCUCUGAGUCCCUCAGAGCAAGAACAGUAUGUAGGAAUUGACUUAGAGUUUUUAGAGAAAUUAAAGUAUAUUAAGCCACACAGACAUGAUGUAGAGGUGUAAGCUUUAGUUUCAAGUAAGUAGAAAUAUUAUUAAGUUGCAUAGAUAUGAAGUAAAAGUACAAAUCUUGGAUUUAAGCAAGUAAAAGUAUGCUUUAAGUGCCUUAAAUAGCAAAAGCCUUAGAAUGUGGUACAAAAAACAGAAGCUUCAGUAUAAGCUUCAGUGAGAGCUCACGGAGAAAAACAAGCAUGAAAUACAAGUUUCAGUGAGAGCUCAAAACCACAGUUUUAGACAUAUAAAAAAAGGAAGAAUAUUGCUUAUAUUUCUCAGAUGAAACAGAUAGGCCAUAUAUGCAAAUUAUACCUAAACUUUCAUAUUAUAGAAACAAAAUUCUAAUAGGUUUAGAAAAAAAUGCUUCAGAAAUGCUUCACGUUUUUUAUGUAAUAAACAACUUUACA